UUUGCUAGAAGUGUCCCCACCUAUCGCCCUGGGCGUUCUCGCAGCGCCUUCUGGGAAGUGUGGUCCUAUGAUCGCAGGAAGUGCUGACGGAACUGGCGGGCGGAACUACGAAUCCCCGUCGGGCCUUGCGCGACUCCUGCUGGGCAGGAUUCCGGACAACGCCUGGUUCCUCUCGGGUCCUUCCGGCGUCGCCGGAGUGAAUUGAUCCGGGAGUUGAAGAGGGCUCCAAAGGUGGGAAGUGAAGUCCGUGCCUCAGUUGCCGCCAUCCUGCCUUAAUUCAGGAUGACCUGGAAUCCAGCUGUGAGUGGAUUGAAGGAAUGACAAAAUCCUAAAAUGUUACACCCUUGCUGCCUUCUCAUACUUAUGUAAGGUUGUACAACAAAAGAUUGCUGUUCUUUUUUGUGUACCAUUCUUUAUCAUACAUACAUAGAAAAGGAAGAAAUUCUGCAGUGAAUGAAGAUUCCUUUGCAUUUAGCAUUGCUUUUUCUACUGUAGUUGGCUUUUGAAUGAGGAUGACAAUGGAAGAGAUGAAGAAUGAAGCUGAGACCACUUCCAUGGUUUCUAUGCCUCUCUAUGCAGUUAUGUAUCCUGUGUUUAAUGAGCUAGAACGAGUAAAUUUGUCUGCAGCUCAGACCCUGAGAGCCGCUUUCAUUAAGGCUGAAAAGGAAAAUCCAGGCCUCACACAAGACAUCAUUAUGAAAAUAUUAGAGAAAAAAAGUGUAGAAGUUAACUUCACAGAGUCCCUUCUUCGUAUGGCAGCUGACGACGUAGAAGAGUACAUGAUUGAACGACCAGAGCCAGAAUUCCAGGAUCUAAAUGAAAAGGCACGGGCACUUAAACAGAUUCUCAGUAAGAUCCCAGACGAGAUCAAUGACAGAGUGAGGUUUCUACAGACAAUCAAGGAUAUAGCUAGUGCAAUAAAAGAACUACUUGAUACAGUGAAUAAUGUCUUCAAGAAAUAUCAAUACCAGAACCGCAGGGCACUUGAACACCAAAAGAAAGAAUUUGUAAAGUACUCCAAAAGUUUCAGUGACACUCUGAAGACAUAUUUUAAAGAUGGCAAGGCAAUAAAUGUGUUCAUAAGUGCCAACCGGCUAAUUCAUCAAACCAACUUGAUACUUCAGACCUUCAAAACUGUGGCCUGAAAGUUGUAUAUGUUAAGAGAUGUACUUCUCAGUGGCAGUAUUAAACUGCAUUUAUCUGUAAAUUUUAAAGUUUGACUGUAUAAAUUAUCAGUCCCUCCUGAAGGGAUCUAAUCCAGGAUGUUGAAUGGGAUUAUUGCCAUCUUACACCAUAUUUUUGUAAAAUGUAGCUUAAUCAUAAUCUCACACUGAAGAUUUUGCAUCACUUUUGCUAUUAUCAUUCUUUUAAGAAUUAUAAGCCAAAAGAAUUUACGCCUUAAUGUGUCAUUAUAUAACAUUCCUUACAAGAACUGUAAAUAUUGGUGUUUGUUUCUGACAUUUUAACUUGAAAGCGAUAUGCUGCAAGAUAAUGUAUUUAACAAUAUUUGGUGGCAAAUAUUCAAUAAAUAGUUUACAUCUGUUAAA